AUGUCGUUAAUUUUAUCCGACACAGAAAAUUUUGAUGAAAAAAACUCUGAAACAGAUUGUGAUUCCACCGUUAGUAGUUCAGCUCUAAGUAUCGUAAGCAGUCCAAAUAUCGAGAAAUUAAGUCCGACACAACAAACUUGUCCGUUAGUUAUGAAAAAUACGUUUGCUUUACACCCUUGCAGAUACACAGCAACACCCUUGCCAAGUCAUAUUAUUCCUAACCAAGUACAAUUGGCACCAUCACAAAUAACAUCCAUAUCUACGCAGUCACAAUCUACACCUACAUCUCCAAUAGGCACACAACCCAACCAAUAUGAGUCACGAGAAAUAUUACCAAAAAUCGAAACAAAAUCUAAAGAAAUGUCUGAAGAAUACAUUCAAUACGAACGCGAACGUAGGCGCAAUUAUGCUAGAUUAUUACGAGAGAAAAAACGAGCCCGUGUAAAAGAGCUUGAAGAUAGAGCCGCUUUUCUCGAAAAAGAAAAUAAGCGUCUUCGUAAAAAUCUUGAAAUAUAUCAUGCUAGAUUGGCUUACGCGGGUAUCAUAUUUAAUGAUACAUCAUUCAGUGACAUGAAUUUAUAUAACUCAAUGAACAAUUUU